ACUUCGACAGCAGGCAAAAACCAUGUAGUAAAUAAGCCGCUGUGGCUGUUAGGGGACCGGCUGUGGCACACUGAAUUUCGCCGCUGCAUGGUGUUGCAGCGCAAUGGAGAUUUACUUGUUAUUUCGUAUUGAAGGUGACAGUUUUUCAGGGGGCCGCCGCUGAUGAGGCGAUGAAGUGCAGAGAAUGAGAGCUGUGCCUUGGCCUACUACUAGUGCUGCUGCAGCUGGGAUUGUGCAGAUCCGCUUUCACAAACCGAGAAAAAUACUCGCUUUGUGCCACAUUAUCAAACGUCCGCUGUUGGUUUCACGGUGACCGACCUCCAAAUGGAUAUAGCCGUGACAACAUGAAUCGAUACAGACCUGCUGUUAGGGUAGGCUCAGUGUUUGGCUCAGGCCAGCCAGAACAGAGGCCCCGCAAUGGUCUUGUGAGCACUUCCUAUGGAAACCAAUGUGGCAUUGUGAGGCGUGGGUCAGACCAGCCGUCAGCCGUGCAACUGCCAUCCUCCAGCCUCAAACAGCCAGACCGAUCUCACUGCUACAGCCCACUGAAGAGGCUGCAGGACCUGAACACUGUGGUCAGUAGGCCUGAAUUAGAGAGGGACCUUUAUCCUAGGAACCACUUGCAUUGUGCAAGCCCAAUCAGUGAUGAUGAUGAUGAGUUUGAGGCACCGUCGGUCCAGCUGCCUCCUUCUCCAGGCAAUGAUGACACAGAGCCCUCGGAGACUCUGCAGGACUCAGCAGACAGAAAUGGCUUCUCCCCUCACAGUCCGGACAGCUUGGACCACUGUUCUCCCAUCCCCAAUGGCUACCUGCAUUUCGAGUCCACGCUGUUUGACAGCAGCGACGUCAAGGAGGAGGACGAGGGGGACGAGCACAGCAGCAGCGAGGACCUGGCGCCUUUUCACCACUCCCCAAAGUCGAGUCAGGACCGAACUGUUGCUGACAGUAAGACCACGUGCAGCUCGGGGGCGGAUGAAAGAACAUACAAACCUACUGUCUUUAAUCUGAUGUCCAAAACUAUUUCUGAGCUCAACCCUACACUAAGCCCCAGUGCACUGCCAGAAAUCACUAUGAGAGAUGGGUGGAGCUUAGGUGAGGAAUCAGACAGCGAUGGUGGACUGACCUCUCCUGUUGACCCUGGACUCAUUUCACCUGCUGGAACCAACUCUAAUUCCAACAGCCCAAAGAAAAAGCCUCUUCCUGCAGUGAAAUACAUAGAAGGGGACUUGGUGUGGGCUAAGUUCAACAGACGGCCCUGGUGGCCCUGCCAUGUCACCUGUGACCCAGACCAGGGGAACCACACUAAGAUGAAAGUUCCCAGUCCCCGUCCUUGUCGGAUGUAUUUCCUGGAGACGAUUGGGGAGAUUGUAGAAAGUGCCUGGGUCCCAGGGAAUGUCAUUCUUCCUUUUGAAGGGGGUCAUCAGUUUCAAGAUCUACCUGUGCUCAGACGGAGGGGGAAGCAGAAGGAGAAAGACUACAAGUAUACGAUACCCAAAAGUUUACUGACUGCAUGGAAAAUCAGCGUGGCAGAAGCGGAGUAUCUGCUCCCAGAACGACAAAGGAAUACUGAAAGCGUGCUUUCAAUAUCUGUCAAUGGAGAGGAGCGUGUGCCCAGCCCACUCCCCCCUGAAAAGCCACAGGAGGCCCCCUCUGUCUCUGUGGACACUGGUCAUCCCCCAUCACCCGAUAUGGCCUCCAAUGGAAAUGAGCCCCAUCUAAUCAAAAACUCUGCUGCAGUCCAGUCCAAUAAGAGCAAAGCUUGUAAGAAGAAAAAGAAAUGUUUGUCAGACAUAUUUGGUCAUAUAGUUGGCGGAUCAAAGGAGUCAUCGACCAUCGCCAACGUGGCAGAUCAGUUUCAUACUACAACUCGUGCACUGAAAGAAGAGCCCAAGGACUCACCUUAUGCAGACCUGGAUUCAGUUCCAGUGCUUCAUCGCCCCAAACGCACAGCAACGUCUCCAAUACAGGAUGCAGACAGAUCAGUCAGAAAAGAACAGGGUUCAACUAAAGCUAAAACAAAGUUUACUGAAAAAGCGACCCACUCUGCAGAUUCCUGUGACUCCUCGAGCAUUUUAUCAAAAAAAAUGACAUCUAAAGACACACACUCUGAACAGAGUUUGGGCAGCUGCAAACAGCUGUCGUACAGUUCAACUGAAAAGCACUCUAUGAAUCUUCCUGCUAGUAGUCGCCUGAUGACGAGAGCUCUCAAAGCAGAGGAGACAGAUCUCAAAGAUGCACUGGCCACAAGCCAAAUCUCAACAGACGCCCGCAGUGAUGAUUGUCCUGAUAAUACACCUACUAAUGCACCCAUCGAAACUGAAAUGUUUCAGAACUGGGAAUCACCCAGCAAUGCGUCAUCCUCUACAAAUCACAGCUCACCAAAAAGGCGUGCGAGGAAGCCUGAUAAGAAGCAAAUUCGUAAUGGCUCAUUGAUAAAGCCCAAGUUUGUGGGGUCCAGUCCACCUGCCGUGCAACCUGUUGAGAUCAAGAUGGAAAACGUUGUGCCAGAUCCGUCAUCAUCUUCCUCCCCGUCCUCAUCUCUGUCUCCUAUGGAUGCUUUCCAGGAUCCCAAGGAGCUAAUGUUUAAAUCUCUCGUGAAGGAGGACAGCAGCGACUCUGAGCCGACGGUGUUUCGGCCUGAUUCCAAUUAUAAAUUCAGCACCUUCCUGAUGCUCCUGAAAGACAUGCACGACACCAGAGAGAAAGAAGGGAAACCCCUGACUCUGCCGCCGUCACCAGUCCUGAUCAAGGAGGAACCUCUGGUGAUCCCUUCUUCUCCAGGAGGAGAUCUGGCUCCUUGUGAUGGUUUCACUCAAAGGGUCAAAACAGAGAGUGGGCAGUCAGGGAAACCCACAACAUCCCAACACAGAGCAGUGAAAACCAAGAACAGUACUAACGCUAUCAUGACAGCUGACACUUACCAUUGUGAAGACUUUCCUGUUCGCUCUCAGAGCGGAAACUCAGACAAGCAGCGUAGAAAACAAAGGCUACCCGCCAAACUGAAACUCAGCAUACCUGGCCUGUCUUCAGACCUGGCUGACUUGGCUUAUGGCAGGGAGUUUGUCAGCGGCCACGCUGACUUAGCUCAUCCCGUGCCCUGUCCUCCCGUCGCUGCUGAUCCCUCGACCAGCUACCUCGAUAAGAACUCAGGAUUGACGGUGGCUCCAAAGAAGCGCUGGCAGUUGCUUGAGGAGGCUGCUGAGAAUAAGGGUGACGCUAUGAGCGAGGUGUCUGCUGAGCUGAAUGGCUCUCACACCAUGAGAGCAUCACCAGAUCUUGAUCUGGGAGCUGAGAAGCAGACAGGGAAGGCCUCGAGCAGCGCAGCAGGAAAUUCAGAGAACAAACGUCUCCGAAAACCAACUAAAAGGCUCCUGGAGUCAACUGAGGAGUAUGAACAAAUAUUUGUCACAAAAAAGAAAUCAAAGAAACGCACCUCAGAACCUCCAAAAAUGCAGACAUCAGGGAUGGCAGCACUCCAUGAUCUCAGCACCACACCGGGAAUAAUUACCUCAGCCUCGACCUCGUCCUCGUCUUCUGCGGAGCCCACCGAGGCGCCGUCCGAGCCGGAACAGAGCCCGUCUCGGGAUGAGCUUUCUCCUGUAGCGCCCUCACUAUCUCCAGUCACAACACAGCCCUCCCCUGAUGCAGAGGCAGCAGAAGAACCUGAUCUACCUCCAAAAUCUGACACAGGGUUGUUAAUCCCAGAAAGAAAGAGACCAAGGAAGCUGUCACACAGGGUGAUGGAAUGCACUAUAGAAGAAGUGUCUGCUCCUCCUACAAAGAAGAAGGAGCUAAAGCGACACAGCGGCGCUUCUACGGAGGUGAAAGUGAUAGUCAAGAAAUCUCAGGUCGGAUCGGUGAGGAAGGAGAAGCCCGCAUCCAGCGCCCCUUCCACCCCGGUUGCUGCGGCCCAGCACUCAGAAAGCAAAGAUCUCAUCGAGGGCCUCAUUCCGGACAGACCUGCCAGCCCCCAAGGGUCUAAGACCCCCAAGCAGGUGGCCGAGAUGGAGACCUGCAGCCCAGAGGAGAGACAAAUUGUACACACUGGAACACUAACCCCCAAACCUGAGGUGCUGCCUGUUGGUUUGAAUGACAGCCUCUCUUCCCACGUGGAUGUAAAAGGGAAAAUAGGUGCUACAUCCUUAAAGGAGAACGUCUGUCAGGUGUGCGAGAGGACCGGAGACCUGCUGGUGUGUGACGGCCACUGUUACGGAGCCUUUCACCCGCAGUGUAUUGGCCUGUCGGCGGCUCCCAAAGGGAAGUUCCUCUGUCGUGAAUGCAACACUGGUGUCCACACAUGCUUCGUGUGCAAGAAGUCUGGUAACGGGGUAAAGCGCUGCAUGAUUCCGCUGUGUGGGAAGUUCUACCACACCGACUGCAUACUGGCCUUCUCGGCCACCCAGCCACAUAACAAAGGCUUCCGCUGCCCUCUGCAUGUGUGUCUGUCCUGUCACAUCACCAAUCCUCUCAACAUCUGCUCUAAAGGUCGUUUGGCUCGAUGCGUGCGCUGCCCUGUGGCCUAUCAUGCCAAUGACAACUGUAUGGCGGCAGGAAGCUUGGUGCUGGCAAACAACAGUUUCCUCUGUCCAAACCACUUCACCCCCCGCAAGGGCUGCAAGAACCACGAACACAUCAACGUGAGUUGGUGCUUCGUCUGCUCCGAAGGGGGCAGUCUGCUGUGCUGUGAAGCCUGUCCUGCUGCUUUCCAUCGGGAAUGUUUGAAUAUGGAGAUGCCUCAGGGCAGCUGGUUCUGCAAUGACUGCAAAGCUGGAAAGAAGCCUCGUAUUAAGGAUAUACUGUGGGUCAAAUGGGGGCGUUACAGGUGGUGGCCUGCAGAAGUCUGUCUGGCCAAAGAUGUCCCAAAUAACAUCUUGAGGAUGAAGCAUGAGGUCGGAGAGUUCCCGGUGCAAUUCUUUGGCUCCAAAGAUUUUGUGUGGACGUAUCAGGCCAGAGUCUUCCCCUACAUGGAGGGUGACACUCACAACAUAGAGAAAAUGGGAAAGGGUGCAGAUGCAGUGUACAAAAAGGCCCUGACUGAAGCAGCAGAGCGUUUCAAAGAGCUCCAGGCAGAAAAGGAGAUGAAGCAGCUUCAGGAGGACAGAAAGAAUGACAAGAAGCCUCCUCCAUACAGGCACAUCAGGGUAAACCGGCCAGUUGGGAAGGUGCAGAUCAUCACUGCCGACCUGUCUGAGAUCCCACGCUGUAACUGUAAGGCGUCUGACGAGAACCCGUGCGGCGUCGACUCGGAGUGCAUUAAUCGCAUGCUGAUGUACGAGUGCCACCCUCAGGUGUGUGCGGCAGGGGAGCGAUGUCAGAAUCAGGCCUUCACGAAGCGCCAGUACACGCCUGUGGAGAUUUUCAGGACGCUGUCCUGCGGCUGGGGUUUACGCGGCGUGUCGGACAUCAAGAAGGGAGCCUUUGUGACUGAAUAUGUGGGAGAGGUGAUCGAUGAAGAAGAAUGCCGAGCCAGGAUCAGACACGCCCAGGAGAACGACAUCUGUAACUUCUACAUGCUAACACUGGACAAGGACCGGAUCAUUGAUGCCGGGCCUAAAGGGAACCAGGCUCGCUUCAUGAACCACUGCUGCCAGCCAAACUGUGAGACUCAGAAGUGGACUGUGAACGGGGACACCAGGGUGGGGCUCUUUGCUCUACAAGACAUCCCGAAAGGUGUGGAGCUGAAUUUCAACUACAACCUGGAGUGUCUUGGCAACGGGAAAACUGCCUGUAAAUGUGGAGCACCCAACUGCAGCGGUUUCCUGGGUGUCCGGCCAAAGAACCAGCCGCCAGCAGAGAAGCUGAAACUGAAGGAAGGGAAGAGGAGGGUCCCCAUGAAGAAGAAGACCAAGCAAGAAGUGACCAAGGAGAGGGAAGACGAGUGCUUCAGCUGUGGCGACGGGGGCCAGAUAGUGUCCUGUAAGAAGCCGGGCUGCCCGAAGGUCUAUCACGCUGACUGUCUCAACCUGGCCAAGAGGCCUGCAGGCCGGUGGGAGUGUCCAUGGCACCAGUGUGACGUCUGUGGUAAAGAGGCUGCUUCGUUCUGUGAGAUGUGCCCCAGCUCUUACUGUAAGGAGCAUCGUGAUGGCAUGCUCUUCAUCUCCAAGCUGGACGGCAAGCUGUCCUGCAGCGAACACGACCCCUGUGGGCCUGACCCGCUGGAGCCGGGAGAGAUCCGUGAAUACGUGCCCAACAUGACCUCCAUGAGGCCCGGGGCCAUGGCUGUGCCUCUCUCGCUCGUCCCAGACUCCAAAAGAGCCACUUCUGCUCCCGCCACUUCCCCUGCUGGCCAGACUGCGACGGGGCCUCCUCCUCGUCUCUACAUCAACACAAAGACCGCUACCUCGAGCUUCAUCCCCUCCAACAGGUCUUACCUCACAGACAGGACUGAAGGGAAAGCAUUCUCCACCCCCACGUCCUCCAGGGACGAGAGAGAGGACGGCGAGGUGGAGGAUGGGGAGGUGUGUGGGUUGGAGGUGGAAGACGUGGAAGAUGACGAUGAUGAAGACGACGACGAUGAAGACGACGAUGAUGAUGAUGAAGCGGAGGAAGACGAGGACGACAUGGAGGAGAUGGAGAUAGUAGAAGAUGAGGAGGAUGAGACGGUGUACGGAGGUGACCUGCUGGACGAACACGACAACGAUGAGGAGGACGACGAAGGAGGGGACGUGUAUGACACUUGGGGUGAUUAUGUGGACGAAGACGCUGAUGAUGGAGAGGUGAAGGGGGAGGACUUGGAGGAGUGGGGGAGGGUGGAGGACGAUGAAAAGUGACUCAGUCCACCCAUUCCUUCAGAACUACUCAGCAAAAACUCUCAGUAGACAUUCAGAGGACAAAACAGUUGGCAUGAGACUAUGAGAGUUUGAUAUUUUGGUACCUACUUGAACGCGACACUGCCUUCACUUUGGUACCGCGUUGCCUUCUCGUCCCCAGACUGCUGGACUGACAGUGGGGAUGUGUACUGGUGCUAAGGCUGGGGGGCUGAUUCAGUCCAUCUCUUUAUACUUUUGUCGAUAUGUUUAUUUGUGUCUGGUGCUGUCAUGUUCUUUCGUUCGUUCUCUCAACAUUGUUUACAUUUUGUUGGCCUUUUUUUAAAUGUUUGGAAUAUAAGAAAAAGGUGAGAAGUCGCACCUGACCAAACUGUUAUCAUAUUGGCAUCUUAUGUUGUUCCUGUCUUAACCUUGUCUUUCUAAUUACAAGAGUGAUCAAAAUAGUGUUCUCACUGGUCCAUGUUACAGUAAAGCACAACAACACCUGCUUGGUGCUUCUGAGGAAUGCAAAAAUAAACCCACUGGAGUCAUCGAGGCUUUAGAUGAUUCUUCUCAUUGCAACAGCAGCCUGUUCGUUCUGUUAAUUCAUCCUUUUUUCCUCCAGACAGGUAGGUCAGAGCUCAGGAUCGGAGGCAAACAGAAAUAAAGUCAUGUCUCGACAUUCUGCAGUCUCUAAAUGCAUCACAGGUUCAUUCACUAAACUAGAAAAUAAAA